UCCACCUCUGCAUUAGUGCUGUAAAUGAGUUGGAAACUGGAAACCACUGACCAGAACUUGCCAUCUACAGUCAAAAUGGCAAACCUUUGGCAACUCAUGCUCCUGUUUUGGAUGUGGAUUCCUCCUGGACUCUCAUCCACCAUGAGUUUCAUUGGUUCUCCACAACAAUGUAAAACAGCUCACUUUGUCCCCGGCUACAACCUGGGUGGAGAAGGCUUUGACAUUGUGACAAUGGAGAGGAAGGGUGCCUAUGUCAUCGACACUGAGACAUGGGACCUUGGAAACGGCACUUGCAAAAUGUACAGAAACUUCUACCAGAAUGGAGAGGACCAGAAGGUCCCAGUCUCUGUGGUGGACUGGAGAAUCUUCCCAAAGUGCAGCAUGAAGGUUUCCAGCAUGCUCUAUGAUUCUGUGGAAUCUCUCGUCAACGAUUCCACAUCAUCGGUCUCCAACGACUGGAAGAUUGGUCUGGAAAUCCCUGUAGACCCUUCAGUCACUGUUGGUGUUGGCCUUGGAGGGUCACACUCCAGGGCUUCUGAAUUUGGAAUGAAAAAAUCCAAAAGCGAUCGCUACGAAUUUGUCCGCCAAUCUGUCAACUGUAACUAUUAUAGGUACAGACUGACCACUAGUCCUCCUUUGAGUCAUGACUUUCUUGCAGCUGUCAUCAAUAUGCAAAACAAGUUGACAUUUUCUGUAUAUGAUGAGGAUACUUACUGGAAUAGAGAUCUGCUUGGCGAGUGCUCUUUUGAUCUUCGGAAAGGGUUUGUGUCAGACAGCUGCAUGUUUGAUUAUGGAACGUUCUUCUUCUCUUACUAUGUGGAGUGUGCACCAAGUCUGGGAGGAAGCCGGUGUGAUGAGUACAUUUCCUCCCCCAUGAAUCCCUCACUGGCCAAAGAGUUUUACACCAGGAAUGGGGUUCUGCUUGGCAAUUCCAUGAAGACGUUUUCUAAGACAGCUAGUCAGGCAGGUUUAGACCAGUUUUGAGAUAAUUUCUUGAAAAAGAAAACAAAUGCAUUUGCUUGUAGUGUGUCUUCUUUAACUUUUGUGUGCAAAAGGUUUCGCAGUAAUAUCAUGUCACUAUUAUAUAUGAGCGAAAAUACCCACCAAUAAUCCUGCUUUCACUUUUCUUUCCUGUCUGCAAGAUAUUGCAAUAAAGCAUCCACAAAGACAAUGAAAUGUCUCUUUCAUUAUUGCAAGUGUUAAGAGAAUGUUUUAUUAUAUUAAAAUCCAUAUUUGGACUUCUCUAAACAGACGGCUGUAUUUUUUCACGUCUCUAACAUUAAAUAGAGGUGGAAGCGUUAUUUGACAGUAUAUUUUAGAUAUUUUUUCAUCAUUCUUUCCUUAAAAUGUCUCCCUGACUGAACAAUUUCUCUCAGAUGAACUUUAGGUUUCACUGAUGAUAUUUUUACAACAGUGUACAGCUUUAUCCAUUGGUUGUUUUAAAUGUUUGCUAUAAAUAAUAUUGUUCUUAGCUUUUGAACAGGGCUAUGAACAAACUGGCAUCUCAAUCGCAAAGAGUCUAAUUGCAUUAAAAGUGUGAAGCCUUGAUGUGUGGUACUCAUUUACAUCACUUACUGUCUCUGCAGUUUUGAAAUGGCUGAGCAAAUAGUGAAUAGUGUUGUCUUGAGCACUUUCGUAAAGUGUCACCAAAAUGUGGUUGUAUUAAAAACUGAAACUGGUUUUAUUGUGGAUAAGCAAUCACUCCAGGCGUCGKGUUAGGACAGCUAUUAUAUAUGUUGAGGUGAGUUAUUGGAAGGAGAGAACGUCCGAUUCCAGAAUUAGGCUUAACUUGACUUUAAUAUACUUCCAGCUUCAUCCAUACACAUAACAGGCAGGAUUCAAGGGGGUGCGCUUGUAGAUGAGAUUGUGUGUGUAUUGGGUGUAUGCGUGUGUAUGUAGCUGUGAGUAUGUGUGGUUUCCUAUAAAGACAAACAAAUACAAACMAUGAGUAUAUGUCUGUAAAUGCUCUMCACGCAAACAACAACCAAUCCGACCGACAAUAGCGUAACWCUACAAAACAUACAAGAGAAACACGGCAUUUCGGUCGGAAAUUGUARCASCAGCGACAGCUGCGUCUAAUUAACUGAGCUUACUAGCUUAACCUAAACAGUUAGCUCUAGCUCUACAUAAUACGAACAAACCACACUAAGCGACCAUAACAUUCGACAAGACAAUAUACAAAUACAGCUCUUAGACAUCAACAGUACCACUKACAUUCAAUGGACGCACACGAUGUAAAGAGGUAAUAACAAAUCUGCCUUGAGAGCCGCCCCACUGAAUGCUCAUGUCCAUAAGUGAAGUAUGAAGAAGAAGCCACCCAGUGGAGGAAAAAGGCACUACACAUGAAACACCUAGAUAAAGAAAACCAAACUAAAGGGCUGGAACAAAUAAUUA